AUGGUUAUGUUCCUAGGCGAGGUGGCAAACUGGAGAUGGGGACUGAAGCAACCCGAAGAAUGGGGUAAGAGAGAGACCGCUGGUCCAUCAAAUAAACUCUUAUCUAAUGUGGACUUUAAAGCGCAGUUAAAGCUAGAAGAGCAAGACAUCGUUCGUGAAUCUGUGGGUGUCAUGGACCCCAUCCUUGAGCUUCGAGCAAAGGGGGACAUGUUCCCGACAGUGUGGUACGGUUUCGAUGUACAAUGUACUGCUGUACGGCACUUUCGGCUCGCCCAGUUAAGAUUGACUGCCGAAGACCCAAAUCUUGAAAUUGCAAGUCGUGCCGCUCACCGCAAAGCUGAGGCACAAGUGCGGUCUAUCGUCAUGAACUUGUGCGGAAUUGCCAUUCAUCAUCUAAAAGUCCAACCUUGUAUGAUGAACGCUGUGAUUGCGAUCUCUCUUUAUGGAGAUUAUUUUACCGACCAGGGCGAGCGCAAUGCCCUCAUUGGAAUCAUCAACCGCACCAAAGACAUACAUGCGUGGCCUAUGAGAAAGCCAUACCAGACCUUGCUUCAGCGGUGGGAAAUUGCAGAUAAUGUGGAGUUGUGA